AUUGAGCUACAAUUCUAUUUACAAUACCUCUCUCUCUGAAAUACAACUCCUGCAGUGUUAUCGUGUUUAUAAGCUGUGUUUUAUGGGAGUAUGCAACCAAACAGAGCGUGAAAGAUUGAUAUCCCUUGAUCGCGCAAGCCCUAAAAUCGACAUCUGCAAGAAGGUUUUGAUGUGUGGAACACAGAACGAAGACUUUCCAUAGAAAUUCUUCGUUCAAGUUGCAGCAAUGGAUACGAGGGAGAAUACUAGUCUAGAAGAAGUGCCAGGCGAUGUCCUUGUAGAUAUUUUAUGCGGACUUCCCUUAAAGACUCUGGUCCAAUGCAGGGGCGUACGCAAGGAAUGGCGGGAUUUGCUUUCAGACCCUAUAUUUGUCAGCUUGCAUCUCUCGAGAUCGCCUCCAGACUGUUUAUUGAUCGAGCAUUCAUCUAGAGACAAUGAUGUAAUGGUAACGAAAUUGGGGAUGGAGUUAGAUUUUCAUGGUGCGGCUUCCUGCAAUGGCUUAAUCUGCUCGUGGAAUGACAGGGAAAAACGAGUUAGUGUAUCUAAUCCAAUCAUCGGAAAGCGCAUAACUCUUCCCGAAAGCCCAAAGGAGCAUGGCAUUUCAGACUUCAAACCCAGGUUGGGGAUUGGAAUUAGUCCAGAGACAAGCCUAUAUAAGGUGCUUAAAAUUCAAUCCAGAAGACAAUAUGGGUCAGAAACCAUAUGGGCUGUAGAGAUCUGUACGCUUGGAGUUGGUACUGUCACCUGGAGAAACAUUGCAGAUGUCCCACAGAAAUGUUAUUUUUCUGUAGCACUAGAUGGCACUUUUUUCAAUGGAAUAUUCCAUUUUAUUCUCACUCCAGAUAGCCCCGAAAUCAAUCUCUAUAUCUGCUCCUUUGAUUUUGACAGUGAGGAGUUCCGGUCUAAUUUGGAGCUACCUCGUCCUCCCUUGGAUAAUGAAGAAUAUCAUGCGUGGUUGGGUCUAAGAGUAUUGACAGAUUGUCUGUGUGUAUCCAUUAUCUCUGGCCUCGGCGAUGGAAAUCUAGAUAUUGAAGUGUGGGUGAUGAAGGAGUAUGGUGUCACCGAGUCAUGGACAAAAGUGUUUGUUUUAGAGAACCCAAUGGAAAACUUAUGGUCAGCUCACGGUUUCAAGAUCAUCAAGUACAAGAAAAACAAGGAGAUCAUAUGUUUUAUUGAUGACAAUAUAUAUUCUUAUGACCUCAAAAAUGCAAAUUUCAGAUUCUUGGAGACUAUCGGGACUCAUUCAAAAUUCUAUGCACUUUUGUAUGUUCCCAGUUUUGUUUGGCUUGAAGAUGUUGCGGUGGGAGAAAGCUCUAAUGAAAUUGAGUAUUGCCUUUCCGAGCUCCAUAUUCAAUAA